AUGGUGGCAAGGAAGCUGCGGAUCAGCACGUCGUCAUCGUCGUCGAAACGCAAGACACCCGCCAUCGCCACCCUCACUGCGGCGGAACCGAAACUGAACAUUCUUGUGGGGAAGAUGAAGCCGAAGAGCCUCACGGGACCGAAGAGCAGGAUUGUGUGCUCUGACACGAUCAGUAAUACGGACUCUUCAUCAGACGGCGACGACGCUCCUGUACCUGCCUCCACUCGCCGAAGGCCAGCUCGAGCGCCACAAUUGGAGGAGUGGGAGGAUUCAAAUGCGUCUGUCCAUCGUCGUAAACCGAUCAAACGCUCUGCGCCACCUGCCGACACAGGCGACGACGACGACGAACGCGACCACACUACCGUCCCCUCAUGCUCAACAUCCUCUCGUGUACUACACUGA